UCGCGUUACCGUCCCACGAGUAGUGUCGCGGUGUCUGUUGUUGCCGGGAUCGGGUCGUUUUGCGAGUCUUGAUCGCGAAACGCUUGCGCGUCUCGUCCGAUACGCACGCUCCGUGUCGCUCGGCAACGGCUGCUGCUUUUGCUCCCACCCCCCGCGCCCCGCGGAUACGAUUUUUCCUGCGCGUUUCGAAUAAUAUACAGCUGUCCGGACACUGUCGCCGUCAGACUACUCCAACUCGCAGCGUCGACGACGACGGAAUAGAUAACAAAGUCAACAAUAACAACGCUACCGGCCUACUGUAGUCCGCGAACAAUACAUCCAUAACGCGCUGUCAUGGAGUUCAUGAUGGUCGACCGACUACCCGUGCCCAGAUUGUCCACGUACAUAUCGGCUACCGUGGUGUCCAUAUCGGCGGCUUCGUACUAUUCUUACAAGUACAGCAUGGACGCGUCGACGCCCGAACAGUCUGCCAUCCAGGACCCGUCCCAAACCGAAGAUCCUAUAGACGUGUACUACGAACAGAUGCUCAACGUGCUGGCGUUCAUGUUGCAGGACCCUCUGUGCUUUCUGGUAAUUUUCUCACAUAUCUAUUAUAAUAAUAUACUGUUGUCUUGUCGCCGUUGACAGAUUUUCGUAAUAGUACCUAUACUUGGUACCUAUUAUGUAUUUAUGUAUUUGUCAGCAUCUGGCACAUUAGGUACAUUCCGAACCUUAUCAGUGUACCUUCGGUACUCGAUUUGAUAAGAGAGAUAAUAAUUAUUCAUCUAGCAUUUUUUUUUUUUGUGACGCGACGUUAAAAAGCUGGACAUUUUUACCAUGCUCUUGUAAUAACGCGUAGGCAAUAUUAUUUACUCCAUUUUCUCGGGAAAUUAAUGUUGUAAAUAUCUUUUCACUGCGUAAAAAUUAAAUUUCAAUAAUAUAGAUAGGUAAUAAUACGUGCGAGGGUGUGUCUUGGUGCUACGUGACAUACGGUGACCGUGACACAAGUCCAGUUGACGGCCCGAGCUAUUUUUAAAAAAAAUAUCUUUCGAAAUUCAAAUCUUAUGGUGUUUUCUCGUAGUUACUUUUUAAGUUAUACAGAAAAACCAGGAAAUUUGCUAUAUUUCCAAAAUUACUUUUAAUUUUUUUUAAUUGUUAAAUAUAGACUUUGGCAAAAAAUCGCGCUUUUCUUAAUCGCAUUCCAAACUUAUAUUUUUAGUGAAUAACAAUAAACUGUUAAAACACGUAAUGGUGUCUUAGCAUAUUUCCAUGUACCCUCUGCAUUAUUUGUGUGCACUCUGAUCAGGGGCGGUUCCAAGACAAAAUACCGAGAGGUGAUUUUGAAAAUCCAUAUGAUGCGUACGUUUAUGAUGGCCAUCAAGCUACGAUUGUAUUGAAGAGGAAAGAGGAGAAGGGGGGGGNGGGGGGGGGGGGGGGUAAUCGUUGGAUUUGUCACUGGUUGUGAUUCCAGAAUUUGUUUGGAAAAUUGAUCCAGAUGGAGUGAAAAAAAAAAGAUCAAAAUAUCAUUGCGAAUUUCCGGGUUUUUUUUUUCAGACAUAUUUAUGAAAACAUUAACAGCGUUAUAAAAUAUAAUAAAACGCUUAGACUCAUAUUGUGCCGACAAGAUUAUUAGGUAUUUUCAUAGGUAUUUUACUCGCGCAAAUUAUAGAGAUUAAAAUCUAAGGAAGUCGACGCAUAACGUCCCCGAUAUUCAAUCUUCAAGGUAAAUUUUAUUAAAAAAAAAGUGUGUAAAACCGGACUUGUUAUCCUCAUCGCGAAUUAUGUGUUCCUGUUAUACGCGCGGUUUUCAUAACGAGUCUUCCGGGGGGAUAGAAUAAUUUGUGUUCGUUUUUGGCCAGCGAACCUAUCAGCCGUUAUAUUACGGCGUUUGUGUACGCCGAUAAUUAAUUUUCCUUACUAUUCCGGUGGUUUUAUUUUGUUUUGAAAUUGUCGAAUCGCCGAAGUGUAUCUGUUUGUAUAUAAUUAUACUAUUCGUUCCCGUCCGUUUCGUCUGCUUCGCGAAUAAUAAUAUUAUUAUAAACGAUUUCUGAAAACAGGUUUCUCGCAUUUCUGCAUUUCCUACUACUCGUGUUUAACGAAUAGUACCGAUCGAAUCAUCGUCAUGCACCCACCUCACAACAUUAUUAUCACGGCCGAAAUUUAAAUACUGUUUACCAACCAGUUUAUAACGAGUUGAAAAUAAAAAACGUGUUCCGAGUCCUAACAAGCCUCGCAUAGGGUUUCUGUAGAAUUACAAUUUCGGUUCAAAGCUCGUAUGCAAAAUCGAAAUAUCUGUGUACGAUUUUCCUAGUCCCGGGGACUAUAUUGCUAUAUGUAGAGCUCCACAUAACACGCAAAUAUUAAACGAACAUUACAAAAAAAAAAAAAAAAAAAUAAUAAUAAAAAUAAAAAUAUAUAGACAGAUCAAUGUUUAAUCAUUUAAAUCAUUUAAAUAUGAAUGUUAUACUAUUUUGAAUCGUCAACACAUCUUUAACGAAUAUUGCGGGCGAAUCAAUGUUUACAUACUUUUAUCUAAAAUUAAUCAUCCGUAAACGUUAAUAAUCGAUCGAUUUUGUAUAAAAAAAAAUAAUACUCAUUAAAGGUUACAUAAAUGUUUCUAUUAGAAAAUUGAGAAAUCGAUCCAAAAUCAAUAUAUAUUUAAUACAAGUUCAACAUUGACAGGUUAUCUGGUUACAUUAUCUCACGGGACUCGGAUGCGUCAAUAUUUUUUCGGCGUAAAAGCCUUUUUGGUCGGGGUCCCGAAAAGAUAAAAAUAAAAUAAUAAUGCUAUAAUUAAUCACAUUCGCACUGCUACCACCGCGGUUCUUGUCGUUGCAUUGUUAUUAUUUUUUAUUUAUCGCGCACUUGGUCGUCGUCAUAAUAUAAACCCGGAUAGUUUGUUUUGAAUUUUAAAUCCGAUAUUUUUAGAAUAACGUAAAGCGAGAAAAUGUCAAAAUUCCGAGGUCGUCCGGCGUGUCGUGUAGAGAAUACGGAUUUAGAUCGACUUUUCCACGUCCCCCUCCCCCUCCCCCUAUUCUGAAAUGUUCAACAGAUUAAAUACGUACACGAAAAAUGUUCGAUUGGAGAAACACGAGAGGAACCGGGUGUAUAUUAACUAAUAAUUUAAGAUUUCAAAUUCCCAUCUGCUAGUCGUCGUAUGCGACGCGAGUUCCGAAUAUACGCGUAUUUCACAGUGUGGUUUUUCGAAUCGAUGAUUACCUAUAUCGGUGCGAAUAGGGCGUGCUGGGAGGGGGGUUAGUAUCUUGGAAACUCACAUAAGCCCUCCUCCUAUAAAUCAAAGGGUCGAGCGUCCACCACAAUAAAUAUUUGGGCUAUUUGCUCCUGUUAUCGAUCGGAAGCGGAAAGCUGAAUAUCAGUGUCGCCAGUGUCGCGGAAAUCGCAACAAAAUCGAAUCUUGAAGAUUAGACCGGAGCGAUUAUAUACCGAGUUAGUUAUUGUCGUGGGCCAGUGCCACCGUUUAUUAUAAUAAAAUAGCCCUUGAAAAUAAUAAUAGUAAUGCCGAAUUUUUUUUGUUGGUACUCGAAGGCGUCACUGGCCUGGCGGAAAAUCAUCGUGUAGAUUGAAAAAAAAAAAUAAAUACUAAUUAUGGAAACACUUUUCAAAAAAUAUGUACGGAGUAUUGACAUUACAGUGGCUGAAGUAUAGUGCAGUAUGAAAUAUUUAUGAAGCGGGGUUGUGUACUUAAUGCAGCACUAAUAACGACUAGGUAUUAAAUAUGCAAUUAUGAUGCACUGCAUAAAAUCUGACGAAAUAUGCUCUUGAAAAACCUUAAAAUAUGUAAAAAAAACAUGCUUGGCUAUAAAAUUCCAAUAAAUAAUAAUUUGUUAACAAUAUGCAACAAAUAAAUAAAAAUAAUAAUAAUAACCCAAAAAACGUAAACAUUUUUUUUCCAUAAUCAUUACAAUUUUAGUUUUAAUAUUAUAACUUUUACGAAUCUCAUUAUUGAUUCUGGUGGUGUUAAGUGCCUGAAAAAACAUUAUAUCUGAUUAAAAAUACAUGCAUCAUAACUUGGAACCAAGCCCAAGUCCAGAAUAGUUUCAUCGAAACUGUAUAAAUAAAAAGGUCAUAUUUUAAAUAAAAAUCGGUUUCAUACCGGAAAAAUAUAAUUAAAAAAACGCAUUAACUCGCCUUGCUAACUCGCGAAACGCAUUUAUACGCCCUAACUGGCCGUUACAUAAUAUACGAAAAUACGAGUAGAUAAAUCGAAACAAAUUUCGAUCGAAUCAGUUUUCUCAAACGUUAUAGCGGAAAAAAUAACCGCAUUAAAUUCACAGUCUCGUUCCUAUAAGUUAUAAAUUAUAAACCUACGUUUCGUAUUGCACGGGAGGUUCGAUUAGGGUUAGGUUAACGUUGGUUUUUGUUUUUUUUGUUUUUGUUUUUUUCAUUAUUUCCACCGUCGCCCGUCGGUAAUAUAAUUUGUUCCGCCAACACACAAUAUAAUAAUAAUAUGCUUCCCACUACAUAUGGGUACCACCUAUAGCGUCACGUACGAUUACACGAUAUUAUUAUUGCAAUCGGCACGAUUCAAGAUCAAAAAAACAAAGGAUCGAGCUAAUAAUACAUUAUAUAUAUAUAUUUUUUUUAACCACCCGACCACUAUAUUGUAGCCGUAUUAUUUUAUGAGCAUCGAAUACAAAAUGCACUUUUACGAUAAAUUAUUAUAUUAUUAUUAUUAUCGUUACGUUGGCCAUAAAAUGUUAAAAUAUACACACACAUAAUCACACGUGAUAAUAAAAUAAUAAAAUAAUGUUUGUGCACACGAACAUUAUACUUAACAAUGUUUCACUACGUUACGGGUGUGUAUAUACUGUUAUCAUUAUCACGAUUGUAUAGUCACUAUAGCUGUAACAGUGUGCUGGGGAGGGGGAGGGGGAAAAUUCGUCAACAUUUUGUUUUUUCGGUUAUUUCGGUAUGUUUUAUCAUUCGAAAACAUAGCACGGGUAAUAAGAAUAACAAAAUACUAACGCCAUUCAGUAAUUACGAUUAUCAUACACUUCCUAAUACCUCCCCGAAAUUUUUCACUGGCCACGGUGCUGAGUUGGAUUGUCAGGGUCGCAUACAUUGGGUGGGGGUGGGAUUAGGGGGUCAGAUUCAUUUUUUAAAAAAUCCACUUCCUCAUAAGAACAUUAUUUGCAGCAAAAAUCAAAUACCAUAAAUACCCCCUCUAUAAAACAAUUGCGUGUAUGACACCGUGAAUUGUUACUUUAUAAUAUCGUAAUAUGAAUUUAUUAAAAUUCAAAUUAAAGAAUACUAUAACGAUAAUCAUAUAUUAUAUUAAGAACCUACAUUUUUAUUUAUAUAAUUAAUUUAUAUAGAUAAAAAUUAAUAAUCUGGUUCACAAAUUCUUGUAUUCAAAUAAUACAUUUUUACUAUAGGUACAUAGGUGUUAUAUUCGUUAUAUAUUUAGAACAAAACAAAAAAAAAUAUGUUUUAAUGUACUCGAUAAUGUAUUGUUUUAUUAAUCUUCUUCUUUUGUUUGUAAAAAAAAAAAAAAAAACUAUUCUUAUCGAGAGGAAAUAACAUUAUCAUUUUUCAGCUCUAUAGUUAAAAAAUACGUCCUAGGAUAAUGGAGACGUGUGAAGCUACUGUUAUAGAUAAUUUAAUGUAUAUCUGUAAGCAACGAUAAACCAUUGCUAACGAAAAAACGAUUCUGAGCUCAGUUCAGUUGAUAGUGAUGCUUUGUCAACAAUUUAUAUGUCGUAUUAUGGUAAAAUAAUUAAAUAGGCAUUAAAUAUUUUCUUUAGUAUUAUUUGUUUUAAUAUUGUACCAAUAUUCCCAUGUUUUUUUCUGAUUUUUCCCAUUUAUUGGGAAAACUUCUGGGAAAAUCGAAAAAUUACCUCCCCUAAAUACCUUUCCAGUCAGAUUUCCUUCCAAAAAAAGUGCUAUCAUUUUAAAUUAGAUCAAAAUUGAGGGUAGAAAAUUUGUACACAGAACAAAAUAGCCAUAAUAAUUUUUUUUACUAUUACCUACAUUUCGUACAUUUUCCGUUUUCCGACAUUUUAUCCCAGUUUUUCUCAGAUAUUAUGAAAACCUUUUGAAAAAUCAAUAAUCGUCUUCUCUAAAUUAUCAUGGAGAUAAAAAUUUCCUUUCAAAAAAUAAGUUACACUUGAUACAUCGGAGCAAGAUUUCUGAUAGAAAUGUUUGCACAACAAAACGAGGGGUAUUUUGUGAUUAAAAUAAUCCGAGGAAGCAACUGGCUUGGGUCACACUGGUUUGAACUCGGAACCCCUAGGAUCAUAAUAGGCAUACAUAACCAUUAGAUCACGACAAAUAUACUUUAAGAAGGACAACAUAGAGUUAUUUAACAUAACAUAUAAUAUCAGAACUUCAAAAAGUUAUAAUUUCAUAAUUUCGAAACUUAGUCAGUUCGCUUAAUUCUGACUUCACCAUAAUUCUUAAGAGGCAUACACGUAUGUUCAAAAAAAAAAAAAAAAAAUUGAAAAAUUAAAUUUGUUCUACACAAUUUUUUUGUUAAAAUUUGAUAUUAAAAUUCCCUUAUAAAAAAAAAUACUACAUUAAACUCAAUUUUUAUUUUACCACAAAGUGGUAGACUCAAUGAACCUCCUGUUAAUUUUUGAAGUAUUUCUAUUCAAGUCUAAAAGUUUUACCACAUAGUACCUACCGAAUAAAUAUUAAAUACAAAACUCUCAAAAUUAAAAUGUCUAUAAAUACCUCAAAAAUUACUUACAUUUUUUGAAAACUUUAAAUCGUUUAGACUAGGCAAAUAUAAGUUUUCUGUCUAAAUUUGAAGUCUCUACGAAAAUGUUUAACUGAAUUACAACAAAUAACAAAAUUGAAAAAUAAUAAAAGCAUUAUUAUUAUUUAUUUUCUUAAAUUUUCCGUUUUUCUUAAAUUUUAUCCUAGUUUUUCCCAGAUAUUAUGAAAACCGCUUAGAAAAUCAAUAAAUGACCUCUAAAAAGUACCAUUUGGACAACAUUCCCCUUCAGAAAUGAUGAUUUCGUAUGUAUCUGAGCAAGAUUUAUGAUCGAAUUUUUGUACACAGGAUAAAAAAAAAAAAUAAACAUCAUAUAAAAGAGUAAAGUAAAACCAAUACAUUCUUCGCUACACUCGGAAUCUAAAAUGAAUUAGGUACCUAUGUGCUAUAUAAUACGCGUCUUGAGAAUUUAUCUGGUGAACUGGGUGACCUUAAUAAUCGUCAACUAUAAAGGAAGGAUGGUAUAAAAAAAAAAAACAACAAGUAUGUUUACCAUCUUUCGUGAUAAAUGUCGGAAAGAAUUAAAAUAUAUUCGUUUCCUGAUGUAAUUAUAAACGGAAUUUCAAACCUGUGUUUUUUGUUCGUAAUUUAUAAAGUAUUUAUACGCUGACUACCUAGUGGAUAAUGUUGAAAAUUAUUGUCAUUGAGAAUUGGUUCUUUCCUUUUUUGUUAUUUGUAGCCGGUAUUCUGUAUAAAUAUUGAGAGGAUGAGACUUCAUCCGCAUUCACUGCUGUCUCAGUCUAACUAACGGGUAUUAUUGCAUAUAUAGGUAAACGUAAAUUAAAAUUAGCGCUUGGCGUUUAGGUUGAAUUUAGAGUUUAAACAUAGGUGGCGACCUUUUCGAGAGCAUUACGUCGUUGUUUUUAUAAAAUAUCGCUAAACAAAAGAGUUAUAGCCAUGUUAGUUUUUGUCUUUAUUUUUAUCUAGCUUAUUUUAUUUAGAAAUAUUUCGAAAUUAUUAUAUUUUUUUUAAAUUUUCUCUAUUUAAACGUAAAGCCAUAAUCCUAAUUUUAAAUUACAUUUAAUGUUACUCUAUAUAGAUGAAUUUUGACAGUAAAUGUCCACUUAGGUUUUCAAAUAAAACUGCAGAACAAAUCAGGUAUACAAUUCGAGUAGUAGUAUAUACACUAUCUGUAUGACUUACGAUAUUUAGUGUUACACAAUCGGUUUUAUUUUAUUAAAUCAGGUCACGGUAUUUAUUUUUUGUGUGAAAUAUCGUUUUUUAUUUUCGCAAAUAAAAUAUAAUCCAGAGUUUAUAAUCACAGAUUAUAAUAAUAAGUACAUGAAACCGUUUUACUAUACUCGUUUUAUCAUAUCUUUGAUUUAAUUUUUGAGAAUACCUAUAUAUAUAUAUAUAUUAUUAUUAAAAAAAAAAUAUAUUAUUGUAUUUCAUUAUCUAUACCUAAUACUUAUUCAAAAUAUUGAAACAUAAUUAUUAUUAUAACAUUUGAAAAAAAAAUUGAUAAUACUACCUAGGAGUACCAUAAGUACAUAGCUGAGCUUAUACAUAUUUUUUUUGACAGCUAGAAAAUCCCGGAAAAUAAUCCUACUGACUGUACAAUUUCGGAAUGUAAAUUUACGGACAAGAAAACGGCGGACUAUAAAAAUCUUAUGAAACACUGUAUGUUACACUAAUGUGUCCGGACUGUAAUCGGCCGGAAAAACAAUUGCUCCUACCAGAAUAUUCCGGACUGUAAAAAUCCGGAAAACAUAAAUGCCUAAACCAGAAAGUCCCGGACUAUAACAAUCCGGAAUACAAAAAUACGCACACUGUAAUGCCCUGGACAAGAAAUUUCCGGAAUAUCACGCACAAGAAUAAUCCGGAAUUUCAAAAACACUAUUAAUACUGAUACUCGUGACACCGGGUCUGAGCAUAUCUAAUAGAUACAUAUGCAAUGUAUAGACAUUAUCUAUACAUCUCUGAGAACAGAAAUAAAAUCAUGAACCUUCUUUUAAACUUAAUUCGUUUAUUCUAUUUGUACUGUUUAUGCGAGCCAUCAUCAUCUAUCAGUGUUUUUUUUUUGUUAAAUUCCAAAAAUUUAUUGUCCGGGACAUAACAGUAUGCGUAUUUAAGUAUUACGGAUUAUUAUAGUUUUAGACAUUCUGGUAUAGGCAUUUAUGCUUCCUGGAUUUUUACAAUCCGAAAUAUUCUGGUCAGAACAUUUAUUUUUCCGGCCGAUUACAGUCCGGAUAUUAACAGUGUUUCAAUUUUCGGAUUUUUACAGUCCGCUGUUUUCUUGUUUACUUUGUUACCAUAUUUUUUUAGGAGUUACAUUUAAAUUGUUAUUAUUAGGUGUGUACAUAACUUAUUAAGGUUAAAAAAAAGCUUUUUAAUGUAAAAUGUAGAGGUAAGUGUUAUUUUUUCAUCCCGUUGUAAUGUUUAGUUAAGUUGUAGAAUAGAUGAAACUAUAAUUUCCUUUAUAAUUAUAAAUUCAAAUUAUAAAACUAUAUCGUAAUGCAAACAAAAUUUUGUUACAGUUAAUUUUAUACAUGAAAAUCAUAUUAUGAAAAAAUAAAAUAGUUAGUACAUAUAAAAAAAAAAAAAAAAAAACAAAAUAAAACCAAAAAAAAAUGUAACUUAUGAGUAAUAACUAAUAAUAUUUUUACAAUUGAUUUCACCUUGAAAUUUUAAUAAUAGCAUUCAGCAUGCUUAAUAAUAUUAAUAAGGUAUUAGCUAUUAGGUAUGUAUACCGACUGUUAUUAAAAUACACACAAAUUAUCUACUUAGUUACAUUGAUUUAAAAUAUAAUUUUAGCUUACAAUGAUUAUAUUAUCAUAAGUCAUUUUUAUCGGUCGAUUUAUGUUUUUAUAUUAUGUGUUCAAAUUUUUUUAUAGUACGAAUCAUUUUUAAUUAAAUUAUUUUAGUAUAUCUACUACUGUUUUACUAAACAUUUUUUUUUUACGAUUUUUUUUAGCUGGGACUUUUUAAAGCGAACCCUAUUUUUAUUAAUUUCGUAUUUUCGAGUGAAAAUAUAAUAUAGCUGUAGUUAAAGCUUAUAUUAUUUGUAUAAACCUUCCAAAUGUCAACAAACGUGGUAGGUAAAGUAAUAAGAAAAUAAUUAUUUGUACAGCUCUCACGUUGUAACUUUAAACGGCUCAUAAUGUACCUCUACUCAUAAAUAUAUAUAUAAUAAUAUAUAAGAAAUAAACAAAAUACCUAUAACUUGAUAAUAUACAAUACAUUGUAUUACAGUGACCGAAAAAACUAUUAAUAGUUGUAUUUUAUAACUUCUAAAAUCGUAAUGCUUAUUAUACUAUACAUCAUAUGUGUAUAUAGCCCAUGCAGGGCAUAGUUAAAAGAAAUAUCAUUUAUUUUGUGAUCCAGGUCAAAUUCCUAAGUUCAUCCAUAAUAUAUGAAUUGUCCUUAUCAAGUACACUAAAUACAAUAAUAUUGUUAAAAUACACAUUUUUUUUAUUGAUUAUGAUGAAUAAUCUAGUGAAAAGUUUUUAUACCUUCAUCUUAAUUAUAUUAUGUUUUUGAUAUUUAAGACUAAAUAAUUAUUUAAAAGUUUUUCUUUUUUCCAUUGAACACUAUUUUGUUUGUUAAAAUGCACCAAUUCGGUCACAUACACUUAACGUUAGGUAUCUUCUUUAAACGAUGUUUAAAAACCAACAGUUUUUUCAAAAAAUUAAAAUAACCGUAAUGUAUAUAUUUUUUUUCGACUUCUGGAUUAUGUUGAUGCCUUAAUAUAUUUAGGUCAGGCCAUUUAGCUAUUUAUUCAUUUAGUAAUAUGAUGCCAUUAUGUCAUUUAGCAAUUUUCAAAAUGUAAUUUGUUUGUAUAUAAAAUUGACUUAGGCCCUUCUUUCCUGAGAAGAAAGAUCUAUUUUACAUUCCGUACUUCCCACCUACUUAAGCUUAAUUACGGCACGAUUUAUGGCUGGCAUUUUAACUAUAUAGAAAUGUUAUUAAACUACAAAAUAAGUCAGAUUGAUAGACCAUAAUAAAUAAUUGUAUUAUAUACUAUAGUCUUAUCAAAUUAAAUAAUUUAAUUAAACGAGAACUGUAUAUUGCUGACAUCAGUUAGUGAACUUUUUCAUGGACAAUUCGCCUGAUUAGCAUCAUUUAACGUCAUGGUUCUAAAAAAAUAUCUAAAUGUAUAUAUAUUUUAUCGGGAGUGUAAAUAAAUCCAAUUAGCCGUUUGCGCUUUGUAUGUUACAUACCUAAAAGUACGAGUCACGCUGAAAACUGUGUUCUUGACAAUAAAAUCGGCGAAAUAUAAUUCGUUGCGGAUAUUAAUUUCAAUUUGUAUUAUAUUUUAAGUAUCAGCGUACCUAUGUAAUAUUAUACAGCGGUAAUUGUUCAUGUUUUGUGAAGAGUAAUUUACUUUUUAUAUUCGUCUGUAAAACUAUAAUAUGUGUUUUGAGUCUGGUACUUUAAUAACACCACGCAGCCCAUUUUAAAAUCCUAUUAAGUCCCUAAUCAUUUAUUAAUGGUUGUGUAAUGAUUAUUACAUUUUAAAUAUGAUAGUAUAAUGCAUAUAUAAUAUAUUGUAUAUUUAUGUUGUGUAUUAGGUAUUUCCUCGGGUAUUUCGAUACUUUAAUAUCGAUGUUUGGAUUAUGGAUACCCUAAAUAUUGCGUAACAUCUCCUCACUUUGGAUAAGAAUUAUUAUUAAGUAAUAACAGACUAUAAUAAGUCCCAGAAAUUUAUUCUAUUUGCAUUAAUUUUGCAUUUGAUUUUUCUUGCUCUAAUACUACGUCACAAUCGUUGUCAUAUCAAAUAUAAAUCCAUUCGUAGAAUGUAUAGAAUGUUCCUAUUAACAGGGGUGCCAGGUAGGGGUGACUCGAGGGCUGCAGUGUCCCAUGAGAUUGACAAACCGUGACUAUAAGGAAUAUAUGACAAAAGUCGGGCACAACUGUAAAUUACUAGAAAUCUAAAGUAAUGAGAUUAAUGACAUGAAAUUUUAAAAGGCUGGCUCCUAUGUCUAUAAAGAUACAAUUUUUAUUCUGUAUUUCUCGCCGUUUUCUCAUCGUUUUCAUACGAUUGCAUUCAUUUUUAGUGUAUAUAUUACUCGUAUAUUCGUAUACAGAUUUUAGUGUAAAAUUAUAUAGGUAGUCAAUUAAAAAUAUUAUUAUAUUCAGAAAUUGCAUUAUAUCUGCUUAUACCUAUUCCUGUUUUCCUAAUUCAAAAAGUAUUAAACGACAUUGUAAUAGUUUUAAGAAAAAUAACUUAUUCUGAAUUACUUUGUUUUCUUAAUUUUUAUCAAUACUAAACAAAAAUGCUGUGUGUGAAUCAGUACAAGUUAAAUUAUCCUACCGUGUGAAUGUGUGAUCAGUUAUUGUUGUUUUACUAUGUGUUAUCCGUAAGAGUAUAUAUUUUAAAAAUACGUAUAUAUGUUUAACCACGUUUAUUAUAAAAUCUAUUGCAUUUACGGUAUUUUUGCUAAUGAUAAAAAAAAAAAAAAACAGUAAAAACCGAACAUUUUGAUGUAAAAAAGUUAUUUUUCAAAUGUUGUCACUUAUUGUAUUUUGGCUUAAAAAGUGAAUAACUUUUAUUUCGUAUUUCAACAUUAUCGAUUUAUUUUUUAUAAUAUUAUAGUAUAAAUUCCAUUAAUAUUACCUUUUAAGUAAUUUUAUUAUUAAAUUAUUAACUCCUGUGUGACACAGUGAUUAGCUAGUGUAGUGAUGAAACUAUUUUUUUUUCUCGAAUUUUGUUUUGUUUGUUCGAUUUUAUAGCAAUCGUAAAGAUAAUAUAAUUUAAAUUUUUUUCUAAAUAUACAUACCGCAUUUUAUAAUAUUUAUACGAUUCUUAAGUUAAACGCAACAUAUUUUACUUUUGUGAUAUUUUAUAAAAGGCAUUUUUACAAACUAAUAAAAUGUAUGUCUUUGCCAAGUGCAGUUAGUUUUGGCACUAGACGAUGUCAACAUGUUUGUUGAUUACUGCGUAUUUAGGUACUAUUAUUUUGUGUAUUUGUAUUAAAAUAGAUAUACUUGCUACUGAUAAUAAUAUAACGUAUACUUGUUGGAUUUUUAUGCUCAAUUAAUGAGCGAUUGAUGUUAAAUAUUGUGAUUUUAUUUGUAUUUUAUUCAUUUGUUGAUCACCGAAUUUCAUUAUAUUAGUUUAAUGCGCUUCAAAAUUUUUAUUUCAAAUAUUUACUUAUUCAUUAUCAAAAAAAAAUAUUGUUGUUCAGAAAAAUACAUUAUUAAUUAUUUGUCUUUCUUUGGACGAAUAGAAUGAAUUUAAAAUGUCUGGUCUAAUCGAUAUCGAUAUUCAAUAUUGAAUGUUUGGUAUUCUGACAUGAAUAUUUCGAUUUUUGUAUACUUACAGUAGCUUAGUCCAGAAUUUAGUUGAGCAUUUUUUUUUUUAAAACUGAUCAUACUUUUAAUGUAAUACAAAAAAUAAAAAAAAUACGUAAAUAUAUCGUAGGCUUAGUAAAAUGCUUGAUAGACUAUAUGUUUACGACAUAUUUGUAUAUAAAUAUUUUUUUACUAAUCGUAUUUACAAAUCAUUCUUAAAAAUGCACACUUUUUUUAUAUAAUUUACUUAUUUAAAAAUCAAAAACGGUUGAAAUAAAAUUUCUAUUUUCUACUUCGUACAUUACAUUUCUUUUAGUUUUAAAAUAUGUAUAAGCUUAAACUUUGUAUUUUUUUUUCUCUAAACUUUUCAACUUAGUUUUGCGUAAUGAUUUUUUUAAUUAAUUAAAACAUUUUGAAUAAUUACACUAUUCUGAGAUAUUAAUUUAAUAGCGAUAAAAGUACCUUAGUAUGACAAUGUUGAAAUUAUUAAACAUCUCACCAUGAAAUUACGGUAUAUGUAAAAAUGAGUGAUAGCAACUAUUAUUGAAUUUGUAAUACCUAUUACCUAAUAUUAUUAUAAAACAAUUAAUUUUUUGUUAAGAGUUGGAUGGAAGUGCCUCUUUUAUCCUCCCACGUAAAUACGCCACUGAUUAUUUAUAUUAUGUGACUUUAUCUUCGUGAAUCCACGAUGAUGAUAAAUGAUAAUUUUAUUUAAAUUUUUUUACAUAAGAAUUAUUAAUUUGUUUACCAAUUUUAUUAGCUCUGUUGACAUUUGAUUUAUUUUUAAUUGCGUUAUUUCUCGUAUUUUAACAAAUUUCAACCCUGGGAUCAAUGAUACCUAAUAAAACUGUUCUUAUGUAUCUUUAUUUAUCUAAUAUAACUGGUCUUAUCUGUCCUUUUGUAUCCAUGGAUCUAUUUAUUUAACAAAAUUACGCGUGUGCGCGAAAAAAUGUUACGAAUACUACACAAUAUUACAAUCAAUAAUCAUCUGAACAUAUUUAAACUAGCGUGCAUAUUUUCCACACUCUUUGAUGUUUUAAAAAUUGUUUUUACUUAUCUUUUAUUUUUUUAUUUUAUAUUUUGAACAAAGCGAGAAACCAGCUUAGCUUUAUAAUAAUACCUUUGCGAAGUUAGUCCUUUUAUUUUAUUCAAACGCUUUCUGGGUAGUAUCUAAUAAUAAUAAUAGAUCAAUAAGUUUCAUCUAUAUUAAGGUUACUUUUUUAAGUAGGUCAUUGAACACAGGGAUUAUCGAAUACCGAUACUUUUUUCGAAUUUUGAGGAUUAAUACUUUGAAAGUGACAAAACAUAAAAAAAAAAAUUAAGGUGAACUAAUAUUUGAGACAAACAAUUUUAUUUUGAUAUUUUUAAUAGUUCUAUAAUAUUAAUGUACACUUAUAUGUUUUAUCGUUGCGUUCAAUAAUAUUUAAAACAAUGUACGCUCGUGCUUUUAACUUUUCUUAAAUUUCGAAGGUAUACACGUUAUAUCUUUUUUAAAUUAACAUGUUAAAUACAGGAUAAUUAUUAUUGAAUUCGUAGGUUAAGAUAGGUGAAUGUUUCAUGUAAGUAGAUGUGUAAACCGUAAUACAUGUUUAUUAUAAAUUAAACUAUGGUACAGUUUACAGUGGCGUAGUCAGAGCCCAGAGGAGUAAUUAAUCCUCCCCGUCCCUGAAAUAUGUCAUAUACAACUACUUUUUAAGUGUUGAAAACGUAUAUAUUUGUAAUAAUAAUAUUAAAAAAUCUUACGGAAAAUUUUUGAACAUGUUAAAGAGAAAGAAAUUGGCAAAUGGACAUUAAAAAAGAAUAAAAAACUAGAGAGACUCUUCCAGAUACAAAAUAUACUAAAUGAUCAAUCGAGAGUAAAAAAUGUAUAGCUGGGUUUAAAUCGACUUUUACACAUAGUAAUGGAAGAGUAACCGGAAUGAAAGAAAGCGUGGACCGGAAGAAAAUACGUGAAAUCUCUAAAUGGAGCACUUUCCAUGAUCAGAAUACCAGACUGGAAAUUAAGAUCAGCUGACAAUGAAGAAUUAGAGAAUUGGGUGUGUGGAACCUAAUGGUCGAUAACUACUAGAAUAAGAAGAUAUAAUUAAGUAAUUAUAAAUGCAGUUAACUGUACCAUUAAAACAAUACGAUUUUUCAACCGUCAUAUUAAUUUAUGGAAAACUGACUUUUUUAGCGAAUGAAAUAUAGCAAAACACUUCUUAUUUUGUUUUCUAACUACACCUUCUGCAGUGAUGUGAUUUUUAUAUAUAUUUUUGUUUUUGUAUGUACAAAUUAAUCCAUUAAUAUAAACGUACAUACCUCAUCAUUUAUAUUGUAUUGUCGUAAAUGAAUUUAUACGUAUACGUAUAGACGGUUUUUCGUAAACAGUUUUUAUUAGAUAAAUUAAUAAUUAUUAUACAUUUCGUUAUUAUUAUUAUUUAAUAGAUUUAAUGAGAAAUAACUGGACGCCUCUAUGUCCGUUUAUAUGGGUAUAGUAAUAUUGUUCAUAUGGAUAUAGGCAGUUGUUAUUGUUGUCGGUUUUAAACAAUAAAAAAUUAUCAGUUUAUUAUUUUUUAUUGGUAUAGGCAAUUCUGUGUCAGGCCACAUUUCCUGUUGUUUUUAAAAUUAAAUAUUAUUCGUAUUGCUCAUAACAGUCAUAACUUUUCAGAGAAGUUACAAACGUACAAUAAAAUUAUUAUAGUAUAGACUAUUGAUAUAGAUAGGUACUACCCAUAUAAGUAUUAAUAAAAUCUUGUUUACUUCGAUUUUGAUUCUAAACAUAGUUCCAUAGAUUGUAUGUGUUUUGUAAUGUGAAUUGAGUUCUUUUUAUUAGAGAUUAUUUGUCCUCAAAAUAAUCUCAAAUAUACUCAAAUCAUAUAAUUUAGGAGCUUUAAAGGAUUGGAAAUUGUCAAUUAUUGAACAUAUACGGUACUUUAAAAAGGUCAUUUUUUAUGUUCACUAUCUUCACAGAUGUUAAAAAACCAAUGUAAAUAUCGAAAAAGCUGUGAAAUAACUUUAAAUAAUUUUUUUCAUCCUGUGUCAAUGGCGUAAUUUAUUUAUUUUUUUUUUAUUAUAAACAUUUUACCAUUAUAUAUUUUAUUAAUAACACCAGAUUUUAAACAAUUAUUUUCAAGAACAAAUUAUAUAGUCUAAUUAUUAUUUUUCUAAUUUUUAUAUAAAUUUCGAAAGUCUACUCGUGAUCAAUAUUAUAUUGUUUAUUAAAAGUAUAAUCGGUUUAUAAACAUUGGAUUUAAUUUUAGCCACCAGCCUCGAUAGUCAAUUAUAACAUUACAUUUGUAAAUAACUAGGUAUUUUUUUUUAUAUCUUUAUUAAAUUGUUUAAAAUUAAAUGUAUACGACAAUUGUACAUUUAUAGUGUUGUGCGAAAUUCAGAUUACCUAGAUUAUAGAUUAUCUACACACUUAAAUGAUGAAAUAUAGUUGAAAGUUUAAAUGCUUUUAAAAUAAAAUAUAUUAACUAGAUGAGACCCUCUUAAAUCACAAUGAACUCUAAUGUAUUUUUUUUUUUAACGGAGAGAGGAAAUAUUAAGGUCAACUAGUACUAGACCGAAAUGAACUAAUAUAUACCCUUGACAUUAUUUAACAAUAAUAAACAUGCAAAACUAUCAGAUGUUCGAUAUGUAAGCAUUAUGACUCAUUAGAAAAUUCUAGACAUUUCUAAAAUAGUACGCUUUUUCUAAUACACAAUUACCUAUAUUAUUUUCUUGGGUAUUGGUCGUCUUCGAGAAGGUAAUAUAUUAUAAGUACGCAAAAUCUAUAAAUCUCACAUUACUUAGGUAUAUUAUAUUAUCUAUACACGAAAAUCUGUUACCGACUCACGUUUUUAUUUGCAAUAAGUUUUCACUAUACGUAUUUUUGUUGCAUUUUCCGUUACCUACUUAAUUGUAAAACUAUACAGUGUCAAUAGACUAAGCCUUCGAUCUCGCCGCCAUGUCUACGUCUAGUGUAGAUGGUAUUAUUCGUCAUAACAUUAUCUGUACGCGAGAUUGUACAUUUGAAAAGAAAAACUAAACCUUUCCUUACUAUUGUGGCUCAUAAUAUUAUCGGUUUGAAUGGCAAAAAUGUAGUUAGUAAUUUUUUUCGUAUCGUGGUACAAAAAUUUUGAACCAUUGAACCAAACUCAUUCUUAAGGAAAAUAUGAAAUAGUGCAUAACAUAACUAAUUUUAUAAAUAAUUUCUUGUGCUAUAGAGGCAUAUUUUAACCACUAAAAUUACAAAAAAUAUAUUGUCCAACAUCGAAAACAAAAAUAUUUAUGCUAUUUUAAAUAAAGUGACCAAUCUAGCUUAAUCUUUGAAGUUAUAAUAUAAUUUAGGGAUCUGAGUUUGGCCCUUCUUCUCUCCUAAAAAAGUCCUAUUUGCGUUUGGGAUCACAGAUGAUUGUGCGAAUCUAAAUAACCGAGCCCUGCAUUCUGCAAACGAGUUCAUUGAUUUGAAUCAAUUGGGUCCAAUUUGGACAAGGGUUAUUUACUUAAUAUCUUCUAGUUACUAUAUCUAAUAGACCUUCUUUCCCUAAACGGCAAGGUGUCGACCGGUGAAAAAAAUAACGUUCAUUGACCGAUAUUCGAACACGUUCAUAAAUAAUAAUAGUCGUCAAAGUAUCCGGAUUGGCUCUAAAUUAUGGAUUUCCGAUAACCGAGUUCGUGUGUAAAGUAUCCCGUAACAAGUGCACGAAAAACCGAAAUCCCGACAACAGGAAAACUGUUAAAUAGUAUUCAAUAAUGACCGUACCUAUAAUAUUUAAAGUAAAAUAAUUAAAAUUAUAUGUUAUAUAUUCGUUAUUAACAAAGUACCAAUCAUAAAGUCCAAACGUAAAUAAAUAUUUAAAUAUCGUAUAUUAUGACUUAAAAUAACAUGUAAUAUAUGCAAAGUUGUGGGUAUAGGAUUCAAAUUUUAUUAUGGUCGGAUCCGUCAAAUUACCAUCAUCACUCGUCAGAAAAAAUAAUAUAAAUAAUGAAAACUAUUUUAGUCUAAUCCAUCUAUGUAUGAUAAAUAAAAAAUAUUUUAAUUUCUUACUGAUUCUAUAUUUAAAAUAUUAUAUUAUAUUACCCAUUGGAUUUUUGGUUUUAAAAACUUUUAAUGAUAAUUUAUUAAAUUAUAAAGUUAACCAGUAAUAUCUUUUGAAGAAAAAUGUGUUCCUCAAUUUACUGGGACGAGAAUACUUAGUACUUUAAAAUCAUAGAAGAAAAAAUAUAUAAUUUAAUAAGUCUAUUGCAGGAUGAUCAGCAUAAUGUAUGGCCUCGUUAUUUUGGAAAGUGUUAACUUUUUUCGGAAUUUGUGUUUUUAGAUCAUUUAAGAAAUAAGUUGCCCUAAAAUUGUAUAUUAUGGUUAUUUAUUGUCACCAUUAUCUUAAAGGGUAAAACACCAAAAUAUAUUUAAACUAAUAAUCCAUGUAUUCAUGUAGCUUUUAAUAUAGGUUGUCAUUUAAAGAUCAAAAUUAGGUAAGUUUAACCCCCUAAAAUAAGGAAAACAAAAAAAAAAGCUAAUGUAACUUUUAAAACUACCUAUUUCUUAAAUGUUCAAAAAACCAUAUAAUGAAAAAGGUUAAUACUUUCUGAGAUAAUGAGUGUCUUGUAUUAUGUUGAUCAUUCUGUAUUAUAUUUCCGAAAAUGUUAAAAUUACCUUAAUGUGACUUAUGCUAUAACUGUUUGCAAAUAGCUUCACAACCCAUUUUAAAUUUAAAACUAAUAAGUAUUUUUAUUUUUCAGGUUCUUUGUAAUGGUGCAAUAUGUAGCAUAGUGAUGGUUGGUGCAGUUAUACAGUCACUUGUACUUGGUAACCUAAGACCUGUGGAACACAUACAAUUUCGCGAACGCCUGUGGAAUUGGGUUAUUUACAAGUUCAUUUUUAUGUUUAUUAUUCUUAAAGCUUAUACAUUGGACAAAGUAGCACUUUGGCUCUUUUGGUAUUCUACUCUUGGAUUUCUUCAUUUAAUGACCAGCUUGUGUAAAGAUCGAUUUGAAUAUGUAAGUACUGUUUUUAAUAAUUAAUUCUCUAAUACUUGAUAUAAAUAACUUUUAUUAAUUGUCUCAUGUUAAUAUAACUAUAAUUUGUAACAUAUUAGUUUGUCAUUAUAAAUUAAAUAUUAUAGUUAAAACCAAAUGAACAUAUGAGUUACUUAAAAAAAUAGUUGAACAUUAAAGGUUUUAGUCUUGUUUCACGUUCUUCAUCAGCACACUAUAGUAACAUAUUAUUUUUUUUAAAUUAAGACUAUUUGGUAAAAUUUUAAAAUAAGAUUAUUCAAAUAAAUGUGCUACAAAAUAAAAUUUAAAAAUGCUGCUAGCUGUUUAAAAUACUACUAUUUUUUUUGAGUGAUUCUUAAUUAUUUUUUUGAAUAAUAAUUUUUAUCACAAUCAAUGUUGAUUCAAUUUUAAGAGAAGUUUUUUAUAACUUUAGAAGUAUUUUAUUAUGUAUUUUUAAUUCUGAUUUGGAGGGUAAAUAUAGAUAAAAAAAGAAAAUAAUAAGUUUAAGUCCAAGUGGUUAAAUUAAAUUAGUGAAAGGUCACCCCUGUAUCAUAUUUUUUAUUAAGAACUAACAACCUCAAAAUAAUAAAUGUUUAAGUAUGUUUUAUUUGUAUUUAUUGUAAGUAUCAAAUAAGUAAAUUCAAAUAUUAAUUAAUGAUUUAUAUUAUUUCAGGAAAAAAACUAUAAUUAUGUUAAAUAAUACCAACAUGUCUAUUACUUUAAAUUCUAUCAUUUAAUGGUUGAAUCAUUUUUUUUUUUUUAAUGAUCGUCUGUGCAUUAUAGACUAUUUUAUUAUGUGACGUCAAUAUAUUAUAUAAAGAAAUAAUUAAUAACACUGGUUAAUUCAGUUUAUUAUGUGUAUAUAUACUUUUUUAUUGCUAAUUUAUAUAUAAUCCUUCAUAAAAUUGUAGAAUAGUUUAUCCAUAAAUAGUAAAUAUAAUUAUAUGAAUAGAUAGAUCAUUUUAAUAAAAUUAUAAGUUUUAUUCUUUUCUUAUUUUGAUUAAUGUAUUAAGUUGUUCAUUAAGUUGGUAGGUAUACAAUAAAUUGCAUCGAACAUGAUGUUUGCUUUAAUAAUUAAAAAAAUGUUGUGAAAUUGAAGACACGUACUUUUAAAUUGUUAUUUAAUAAAUAAUUUCCAUACAUUUUUAAAAAUUGUCUCGAACUAUUUAAUUUUUCAUUCAAAAUAUGUAGUGUGUAAUAAAGUAAUUUAUUUGUUUAAAACAAUAAUAUUAUAAAUAAAUGAAAUUAUUUUUUCAUUGUAUUUGUGCAAUCGAUUUAUUGACUAUGAUUCAAAGUCAUUCAUUAGGUAGGUAAUUUUUAUAUUUUAAAUAAUGAUAUAGGUAUUUUCGUUUAACCUUUAAACAGAAUGUAAAAUGUUUAUGUUUUAUAAAUUUAUCUUUAUGUGAUUAAGCAAUUUUAAUGUGUUACUUUAAUGUAUGUUUUAUUUCAAUAUCAUUUCUGUUAUAAUAUAUGUAAGAUAAAUCUGUUUUCUUCAUUUAUCCAUGUAGGUAACUUAAAUAUUGUGUACCAUACUUCAAUAAUCAAGUUUCACAGUCAAGUAAAAGGCUCAUUAGCAUAGUGAGCGAUUUAUUUGUUUUAUUAUGAUGGGGUUUUUUUUCUAUCUGUAAACAACUUUUCGAUCAAAAAACUUGCUUGAAUUUCAAUAAAUAUAUUCAAAAAUAUACAUUAAAUUCCCUUCUGUAUCUUAUUUUUCCAAAUUUCCACCUACAACAGUGGCUGCACCCGUCCCCAUUAUUCUAAAACAGCUUUUUAAUCACGGUUCUAUCCAUAUAAUAUUUUAAUUGUUUUGAUUUUUUAAUAUUAAUAAUCAAUAUUCAGUUGAUCAUUAAAUAAAACUCAUAAAUAAACCUAGACCAAAAUGAACUUAUUUUCUUUCAUUGUACAUUUUCCAUUAAAACUGAUUUAAGUAAAUUUAUUUAUUUAUUAUUUAUAUAUUGUUAUAUAUUAUAUAUUUUAGUUUUUGAAAGAAACAUGAAUUGCUAUUUUUUUUUUUUUUUAUAGGUCAUACCUACAAUUUAUUUGAUAUUUUUUUGUUGGAAUAGUUUUUUUUUCAGUAUGGGGGCGGGCCAUAAUUAUAGUAUUGUUCUAUAUGGUUACACACAGCAAUUUUAUAAAUAGUUAAUUAGAGUUUAUAUACUUAUGGUAUUAUAGAAAGGAGGUCAAAAGUGAGAAUAAUUAAUGAAACACUUAAAUAUAUUAUAUUUUACAAGUGUUUAAGUUUAAAUUUUGAGUGUCACUCUUAGAUCACAAUAAUUGUAGUUAAAAUUUAAAUGUGACAAUUGUAAUUUGUGAAAAUAAUAGGUAAUAUUUUGUUAUUCUAUGUUUUGAUGUGAUAAAAACCAGGGUUGGUGAUAUAAAUAAAUGGUCAAAAUCAUUUUAUUUGUCACACAUAUAAUAUCAUGUUUAAAACAUAUUCAACUAUAUAAUGACUAAAACAUAAGAAUACUUUUUUUUCCUCUAUAAAAUAUAUUAUUAUUUACUAUUUUGUAUUGGUAUUUUAAAUUUUGUAUUAAUAUAAAGUGUUUAUUUUUGUCUUAUAUUUCAGUUCAACUGGUAAAUACCUAAAUAAAAAAAUAUUAAAUAAAUAAAUACAUUUCAUUGUAAAAAUAGUAGAUACUAUCUAAACUACACAUCAAAACUAAAAUAUAAAUAAAUUAAUGCAAAUCACAUCACAUCUAUCUUGUUGAAUUCAUAAUAAAACUAAAGCAAAUGUAUUUUUUAUUAUUAUUUAAAAAUUUUAAAUAUUAAUGUAGGUACAUAAUUAAUAAUUAUUAAUAAUGAAUAACUCAAUUAAUUAAUGACAAUUAAAAUAAAAAUAAUAAUGAUAAACUUAUAAAACUAUAUAAAUAUAACUUGAUACAGUAUACAACCAAGUAGUUUUAUAUUGUUUGGUUUAAUAUGCUUGUAUAAAUUAUAUGUUUUACAUAUAUUGUACUAAAUAUUCAAACUCUGAUAGAAGUAUUAUAACUAAAAUUACUCAAUAAAAAUUUUUACAACAUGCCAUGAAGUACAAUUUAAUAAAACUGUACUUAUGCAGACUGUCAAAAUGUUUUUUUAUUACUGAAUGGUUAAUUUAAUUUGUUUUUUUUAUAUAUAUAGAUGUGGAUGUCCAUGGGAACUGGAACUAGAGUGAAUUGGAAAUAUAUUCAUAUGUCUGUACUAUUAUCUAUUGGAUUUAUAUUUUCGUUAUUUUUGUUGAAUUUUGCAUAUCUAGUCGGCCUUACAUUGUCGAAACAUAUAUUUGCUUUUAUGGUCAUUGAGGUAUAUGAUUAUAUUAUUAUUAUUUUAAAUUUAAAUUUUUAAUAAAUAUUUCAUCUAUUAUACAUCAUUAUUUUUUUCCAGUGCUUAAUGUUGGCUGGAAGUAUUGCUCAUAUAUUUCUUCGACAUUAUAUUCAACUGUUUCAUCGUAACUCUAUAAAUCAUACGACUAGUCCUGGAAAGUUUAUUUACUAUUCAGAGUUAGGUUUGGACCUUGGUAUACGUGUGAUGGAAAUACUUCAUUACUCACAUGCAAUUAUAUGGACGAAUUCAUAUCUGACAAUGGCUGGUUUUGUAAUAUUUAUGCACAUGCGACAAUUAAUUAGUGAUAUUCAAAAGCGACUUCAAAAACAUAAAAAUUUUCUAUGGGUGCAUUCUCACUUGGAAAAAAAGUAAUAAGUAUAUGGAGUAACAAAUAAAAAACUUUCUGCUUGUAAUAUUACUAUUGACAUUUGAAGUACUAAAGCACCGAGUAAUGGUUUUAACAAAGUGAUAAAACUCCCAUGCUUUAGUUUCUAACUAUUACUUAUAAUAAUAUAAUCUUAAUAUAAUAAUACCUUAGUUUGGUAAUUUGAUUAUAAUAAGUAUUUAUACUCUUUCAGAUACAAUUGUGUUAAAUAAUUUAAUUUAAUUUAUUGCCAGCAAAUGUUUAUUGAAUAUAAAACAAUAACACAUUAAACAAUACAUAAUACAAUUCUGUUUUAAGUAUUAAAAAUAAUAUUAAUAGCUUUUAUACAUGUAACAAAUGAUAAUAGUUUAGAAUCUAUUAAGAAAUUACAUUCAAUCUUUGUAAAACUUUUAGAGGUUAUUCAAUAUCCAAUUAAUUUAUAUAUUUAAAUAAUUCUAUCAUUAUUAUUAUUGUGUUUUAUUAAUAUUUAUUAUUUACUCUUAGUUAUCCUAUGGCUUCCAUUGAAGAAUUGGAUGUGAACUCUGAUAAUUGUGCUAUUUGCUGGGAAAAAAUGGACUCUGCUAGAAAAUUACCUUGUGGGCAUUUAUUUCACAAUGGAUGUUUACAAUCCUGGAUGGAACAAGAACCGUCUUGCCCUACAUGCAGAUUAUCAUUAACACUAGGCCAUGAUCAAAAUAUACCAAUGAAUAACACUAAUAAUGUUGGACAAGACACGUUGGGUACACAUGCACUCACUCCUCAUCACUUUUUUCAUUUCGAUGGUAAAUAAAAGAUAUUAUAUUUUUACAAUUUUUGAAGGAAUAUAACUUAUCUGAUAUUGUUUACAAGUCUUACCCCAUCAAUGCCUUAUAAAGUUUUUUUUAUUUAUUUAUUUUUGACUAACUUUAAUUCAUUUUUUAAUAUAUAGUUUUUAAUUAUUAAUAUUAAUUUAAAAUCAGAUUUAGGUAACUAAUAACUAGUUCAGUAUAAUUUUGUUUUCUUAUGUAUUUAAUUUUUGUACGCAAUUAAAUUGUAUCGGUAUUUUGAUUUAGGCUAUAUACUAGUUUUCUGCAAAUUAAUACUUAUAAUUUAAAAAUAUUUUCAAAAAAUAGUUAAUAUUAAUAUAUAUAUAUAUAUAUAUAUAUAUAUAUCUUUAAAUAUGAAUAAUAUUAAUAUCUGACAUUUUAAAUAUUUUUUUAGGUUCAAGAUAUUUGUCGUGGUUACCAAGUUUUUCUGUUGAAGUUACACAUUCCUUAAGACCUCCAUCUCAAAUACUUACUUCGCAAUUGGAAACAAUGGCUCGACAGGUUAAAUUUGUUUUACUAAAUAAUUUAUUUUUAAAGUAAUAUUUUCAUAAAUUGGUAGGUUCUCCAACUGUUUCCAUACUAUCCCAUGAGUAUGAUUAUUGAAGAUUUGUUAACAACUCGUUCUGUCGACUUGACUAUUGAUAACAUAUUAGAAGGUAGACUCGUUUCACCUCUACAAAAUAUUGAAGACGAACCUGCUAUCAUUGAAAGUGUACCAACAGUUAGCAGUGUUGAACAAUUUAUCAAUGCACCUUCUUAUACUAAGUAAGUAUAAUUUGGUCCCACAACAUUUUUGUAAUUUAAUAUCGGGUGUAAUAUCUCAUGUAAAUGUUAAUUAGGUUUAACACAAAUCUUGGAGAACCUGUGAUAGACGAUCUCGUGAGUUUGGGCAGUCAGUUUUCUAAGUCACCAGAUGAAAGAGAAAAUAUAUUGAGAGUUCGAAAACAGACAAUGAUCAUGAAAGCAAGACAGAAGUACAUGAGUAAAGUAAGCUCGUCAAAAACUGAAUAAGACAUUGUAAAGGAAUACACAUAAAAAAGAAAAAAAGAAAAGACUGUAAUUAGAAACACAUUUGAUUUUAAUUUUUAAGGAUAUUAAAAAAAAAUUAUAUGAUCAUGUAAAAUAAAUAAAUAUACUAGUAAUUCCUAAUAAAUAAUAAGUUUUAAAAAUUGGCCGUUUUAUUCUGAUUUGAUUAAUUUAAUUUGUAAAUAAUUAAGUUAUAUUAUUGUUAAGUAUACACAUAAUUAUAUUAAAUAACAAUUAAUAUCCCACCUAAGAUUAUUAUUAUACUGUAUAAAUAUGUUUAAUCUGUGUUUGGCUAAAUUAUAUUUGGUAUUUAUUGUAAUUUAAUGAAUUAGUUAAAAAAAUUAGUACAUUAUAAAAAAAAAAAAUUAUAAAUAAUGAUGCUACAAUUAUAAUGCUUUAAAAUAAAGUGUCAAAUUAAUUUAAUUUAUUUUUAAAGUUAGUACCCACUAAACUGGCAAAAAUGCAGUUUGAUAAUAAUUUAUGGUCAAGUUUAAAUGUAAAGAGUAUUGAAAUAGUGUGUUAUCUAAAUUUCAAGUAUUUAAUUGGAGAUUUUUAAUAGCAUGUAUUUAAUAAAAUGUGCAUUUUUUUGCACAUUGUUAUUAAUUUUUUUUUUUUUAAUUAAACAGAGGUAUUUAUUAUGCCCAGAGUACUGCUAUAUAAAUUAAUGUUAAAUAAUUAAAACAUAUAUUUUGUGAUAUAUAAAUUAAUUUAGAAGACUUUUGUACUUAUUUUUAAAAAGUAAUUACAUUUCAAUUUAACCUAAAAUAUUGUAUGUACUUAAGACAAUGUAUUGAUAGAAUUGUGUUGACAUUCGGUUCCUAGUCAAAUUGUAAAUCCUAUUAUAACAUAUAUUUUAAUAAUCUUAAUUAAUUAUAAGAAAAAAAUAGGUUUUGUACGCAUGUGUUAAUGUAAAAACACUAAUACAAAUGUUAUUCAAAUUAUUAUUAUUGAUGAAGAAUAAAAAUAUACAACAAUAUGGUGUUUUAAGUAUGUAUAUUUAUUUAAACCUUUAUUUACAGAAUAUAGUAUCUAUAUUGAGGUGGACAAAAACAAAACAGUAAAAUUAAUUAAAAUUUGAAAAUUAAAUAUUAAGUUAAAAAUUUAACCAAUGAAAUUUACGAUUGUCAAGUGGAGCACAAUAUGAGCAAAAAUGAAAUCAGCAAAUCCACGUUCUGGACUUAUAUCACUGAAUUGUGCUUUAUUCUGUGGAUUGGCUUGAAGUCGUAAACAUACUGA